ACGUGGUUAUAACAGAGAAUUGACAAAGUAAGAAGACAUGGCAACCGGUGGUUCGACACAGACUUCAGACAACCGAGUCUACCUAUUCCGGUUGCAAAUACUCAUAAUAGACGGAGGCCUCCUGGUUUUGAGAAACUUUCUUAACCAGUCACUGAGUGCACAAGGCUUAACUCUAAGUGUAUGUUUGAAUCAAGAAAAGGCAACAAUUACGCGUUUGAAAAGCCGCGGUGUUAUUACACAGGUACAAUAUGACCAAUUGUUUCCAACGGUUGGUCAAGUUACAACUACGUCGGAUAUGGACAUCACGCUUAUCAUUUGUCUUCUUAGAUGCCUAAAGUGUGCUGGAUUGAAAAAGAAAUUUGACUGGAGCGCAACACCUAUGUCAACAGAUGUAACAGUUGAGGCAGAUAUAUGUCGGUUAAAAGCUUUUCGAAAUAAAAUUAGCCAUAUAUCAGAAACAACUGUUAUACAGCCAAUUGACUUUGUAACUUGGUGGAAUGACAUCGAACAGAUACUUGUUCGACUAAGUUCUCCAGGUCUGAAUGUUCAGCAAAUAAUAGACGCUUUCAAAGUUUGCACCCUAGAUUCAGAGGAAGAGAAAAGGGUACAAGAAGAACUAAAAAUAUGGAAGGACUAUGAAGCCGAAGUUGAUCGACUGAAAGAAGAAGUGACUGAUAUAAACGUAAGGGUUACUGAAGUGGAGAAAACCCAAGAGGAAAUAAAAAGUCGUCAACUCGACGAAG